AUGAAGGGUUACUACUCCCUAGUCAUCCUUGCCCUAAUUGGAAUUGCGUUUGCCCUGUUAGAGGAGAAACUAGUUGCAUUCGAACCUAUAGAUGGUUCCAUUGAGUUUGGAAAUGCUCCAAUCUUGCGAGAUGCGAGCGAUCCCGUCGGUGUCAAGAUUGCUGCGGACAGUUUAGCCAGUGACCUGAAGGAAGUCACUGAUGUCGAACAUCGCGUGUUGGUUUGGGAUGAAACAGUAUUAGUUGCGGAAGGAGAAUUGUCUACUUCCGGGUUAGUUAUUAUAGCGGCGACAGUCGACUCGCCAUUGGUAUCGCGGCUUGAAGAGGAGGGCAAGAUCAUUGUUGAUGAUAUCCGUGGUAAAUGGGAGACCUAUCGCACUGUUGUCGUCGAUAAUCCUCUGCCCGGGUUCAAGCAUGGUCUUGUAAUCGUUGGUAGUGACAAACGAGGUACUAUGUUCGGUGUCUUUACGCUCUCCGAGCAGAUUGGAAAGUCCCCCCUCCAUUGGUGGGCCGAUGUGCCUGUCACAAAACACAAGGAAAUCUAUGCCCUGAGCAAAACUACAACACAAGGCGAGCCUAGCGUCAUGUACCGCGGAAUAUUCAUCAACGACGAAGCACCCGCCUUGACAGGAUGGUGGGCGAAGCAUGGCAAUGUCGACGACUAUACCUUCAAUGCUGAGUUCUACGGGCACGUUUUUGAUCUGCUGAUCCGUCUUAAAGCCAACUUUCUCUGGCCUGCUAUGUGGGGGUCCUUUAUUCCUACUCCUGGCAGAAUCUUCUUUACGGAUGACCUGCGAAAUCAGCAGCUUGCCAAUGAUUACGGGAUUGUUGUGUCAACUAGCCACACCGAGCCCAUGCAGCGCUCUUCUAAUGAGUGGAAGAAAGACCCCACACCGGGCGGCUGGGACUGGGUUAAUAACAAGGAGAAUGUCAUCAGGUUCAUGGAAGAAGGUGUUAGGCGUGCGGGUGAUAAUGAAACCUACUUUACACUAGGCAUGCGCGGAGAAAAUGAUAGCCCUAUCGAAGCAGACGAUCCUAUUGCCGUGCUGGAGGAUGUGUUCAGCACUCAACGAGAGCUGCUUGCCAAGUACCAUGGAAACGAUACCUCUCUGCAGGCAUGGACAGUAUACAAAGAGGUUAUGACUUAUUACGCUGCAGGUCUGGUUCCUCCUGAUGAUGUGACAUUGGUAUUCUCCGAUGAUAAUUGGGGUAAUGUCCAACGGCUUCCUACGAAAGAGGAGCGGCAGAGGUCUGGUGGUAUUGGGCUUUACUAUCACUUUGACUACGUUGGUAGACCUAAGAGCUGGAAGUGGCAGAAUAACAACAACCUGCCUAAAGUAUACAAAGAGCUGUCACAAGCCUAUGAGCGUGGAGCCGAUAGAGUUUGGGUCAUCAAUGUUGGCGACAUCAAACCUAUGGAAAUUCCUCUCUCGUUCUCCAUGGAGCUUGCAUGGAAUGCCUCCCGGCUUGACUUCGACACCAUACCCGCAUAUCUCAAGGCUCUAGCUACGCGAGACUUUGGUGAGAAAUAUGCCGACCAGAUUGCAACGGCGUUGAUGGAGUAUAGCCACCUAGCCGGUCUUCGCAAGUUCGAAAUGCUAGAACCAACAACAUAUUCCAUCCUCAACUUCCGAGAGGCAGAGCAUGUACUCGACCAGUGGAGAACACUAGCAGAUAAAGCACAAGAAAUUCAACAGUCCUUACCUAGUGAGCGACGUGAUGCUUGCUAUCAUCUCCUAAGUUACCCCGCGACAGCCGGAUUCAAUUACUACCAGACGAUCAUUGGCCAGGGCAGAAACCGCCAAUACAGCUUCGAACGCCGUAACUCAGCGAACUUAGUAGCGGGACAGGUACUCGAGUACUUCGAGGAAGAUUACGACCUGGCGCUGGAGUAUGAUAGCCUCGCAGAUGGCAAAUGGGAGGGCAUCAUGUCGACGCCCAAGUUUGAUAUGGGGAUUGCAGACUGGCGUCCCUCAUCACGUGACGUUGUCGCAAAUCUAUCCUAUGUGCAGCUACGACAGGACUUCGAUUAUGCUUUCGGUAACUUGGGUAUCUACGCCGAGCAGUCGCUGAGUGCGUAUCGGCAAGGUCGGAUCUGCGGGUCUAUCAAUCCCUCCCUGCCAACUGAGGAGGGCCUUGCACCCAUGCUUCCACUUAUGGAUCCAUAUGGUCCAGAAUCACGGCUCAUCGAGCUCUUCCACCGCACGCUUUCAAAAGAACACCCCGAAGAACGCAUUGUAGUCUCCAUCGAUUGGCCCGCCGUUCCAAGCAACUUUACUGAAACAAUCCAGCUACGGGUAGAAUGGGAACCUUCGCCAUACUUCGAUCUAAUCCACAUCCCCAUCCGUAACCACCGCGUCCCUUCCGACUUCACCGGAUUCCCCGAGUCAGGCGGCUUCGUUUCACUCGAAGGCCCGCAUUUCCAGCGUUCUUCCUCGCAUGCUGUGUCUUUCAAACAUAUACAGUAUCUGGGGUCGCGAUCUCGUUCCGGAUCUAUCGCACUCCGGCCGUACAUGCAAGCCCGAGAAUCCGAAGAAGACGCAAAAGAUGCGUGGGUCGAAUAUGAUUUCUACCUCUUCAAUUCGACUGACCCAUUUAAUGCCACCAUCUACGUCAAUGGCGCGCUCGACACGGACCCAGAUCUUCCAAUGAAACUCUCAUUAUCGAUCGAUGGUCAAGAGGCAAAUUUCACAAGACUGCUAGGUGAACCUGAAGAACCCGGGGAUAUGCCUACUGGAUGGACCGAGGCUGUGGCGGACCAUGUUUGGACGAGGGAUGUUGAGAUUGCAGCCCUUGAACCGGGUCCGCAUACACUUCAGUGGAGGGUAAAUUCGCCAGAGGUAUAUCUGGAGAAGAUUGUUCUUGCAUUAGAGGGCUAUUUGGACAGUUAUCUUGGUCUGCCGGAGAGGACGCUAGUGGGAGGAGCCUAA